AUGAAAAUAGUCAUCAAGGCUAUUCUUUUAGCUACCUCGGUAGCGGCCCUGAACGCAGGCUGCUCUCCUGGAGGAAAUUUUGAUCUGUCUAUAUGGGAUCUUCAGCUCCCUAUAGGCAGUCCAGGCGCCGUAGAAACUAUAUCUUCCAACUCACUUCAAGGCUGCUCCGGCUGGCAAGACUUCGAUUACUUCUUCACGGAGAGCGGCGAUGGCGCCCUUGUGAUGAAGGUACCGGGCUCGGUGGCAUCAAGUGGCUGUGUCACUUCUCCGAACUCACAGCAUUGUCGAACAGAGCUCCAUGAGAAAGGGAGCUGGGAUCCUAAUGAUGAAAACAACAGACUGAUAGUGACCUUGUCUGUUCCUCUGCCAGAUAACAGUGGUCAUGGCACUGUGAUCGGCCAGAUCCAUAUCCUCGAUUCUAUCUCAACGAAACCAGUUGCCGAGCUCUAUUACAGCUCUUCUGGUGCCCUGGCAAUCGGAGUCGAGAGAACACGACAGGGUGGAGAUUCCAUCUUUACGCCCCUCGGUCAGAUACCUGUUGGUCAAGUCUUUACCUACGAGAUCCGGUAUGAGAGCAACGUCCUGUCUGUGCUCGUCGAUGGAGGGGCUCCUAUACAGCUUAGCACAUUUGAUUUAGAUGCCCCCCUAAGUUACUUCAAGUGUGGAAACUAUAACCAAGGGGAUAGCCCAUCGUCGGUUCACUUCUUCCAGAUCGCAGUUGCUCACUGA